AUGGUAGGGAAUGGGUUUCCCUUUUGGCCAGGCUCUACUCCACUCCUACCAGAGCCGUACGAUCGGCGAACGACUGAGGUUGGAGAUGUUGGAUUUAUAAAUCAGAAGGGCAACUUCGAAUUCGCAUUCAACCUUUUCCUCCCCUCUGAGGAUCCCUUGAACCAAUUGAACCAAAAGAAACUUCCAGAAGGGUAUGUCCCAUUAGAUCCUCCUUGUGAGUCGGAAAUCUCCAGAAUACCAGGGUACUAUCCGCCUGGAUCUGUCAUUGCGACCAAGGGCGUUGACGUUCAUCGACUUGGUGAAAACCCUCUUCACCUCAAAUUUACUUCUUCGGAGCCAGAAGUGGCCGUCCUUGUCCUCCCUGAUGGUGCCAGAAGAGAAGAUUUGGCAACGUCCCGUGUACAGGAAUAUUUGAAGAAACACGCUGAAAACUGGAUACAAUUCUUCACCGAAGAAAACGUUUUUCGUGCAAUUCCGAAUGGUGGUGUAUAUGUUAUUACUGGCAUUGACAAAGCAAUAUCAUACUCAGCAUCUACCUUUCCUGGACGAGGUUUUGUGGGCAACAGACGCAUAUCUUUUGAGUAUGAACACAAAUUUCUGCAACUCGACCGCAAAACAGGUAUCGCCUCAUACAACUGGAAAACUGCUGACGAUGAUACCGAAGAACAAUGUUUAUUUCUUCGCGGAAUACGGAUAGGACUCUCACACUCAGAGUGGAACCUGCAAAUGGACGAAGUGCACCCCGAUUUCACUCCCGUUUCAGUGUUGCCCCAAGCUGCUCCCAUCUCGGACCAAAUUCUGCCUGCAAAACAGGACGGCAAACCUAUUCAACCUGGCAGUGACAACUAUAGUAAAGGACAGGAUACCGAAAUCCAUGACGAAGAAAAUCAGGAUACCGAUAGCGAUGACGAAGAAAAUCAGGAUAUCGAUAGCGAUGACGAAGAAAUUCAGGAUCCCGUUGUGGACCCCAUCGUCAAAGUCCAGAAUAUAAUGCUUUCUCAGGGCUCCUUGUAUCAGUACCCUGAUGCCAAAGUUGCUCUUGUUGAUGACUACAUAUGGUCGAACGCGAUAGAGCAUUCCCAAAAAUCCGACGAUCCGUUGACUUUUAAAUGCUCACAAGGAGCCUUCGUUGCGGAUUGGGGAUCCCUAUUGGAAAACAUCUUCAAGUCACAUGAAAUUGUUGAGAAAGAUGAUUUGGUGGCUUCGCAAUUUAUGGAGCCGACUGAGGCCAAAGCGACUUGCAGUGGAACCAGCUUGGGCAUCAAAUCUCAUCCUGGAUUUGAUUCGUCAGGGUGA